ACAUUUGAUGUAAUACCGGUAAUGCGACCUUGCCACGGUCACUCACAAACCUCCUUCCUGUUGCAUCACUGAAACGAACGCCAUGUGACUCGCAGGAGUCUCUAGGAUCAAGGACACCAAGACUGUGGCUAGAACAGCCCAGGUGACGUCACUGCCUAAUAGUGAAUGACCAAACAAUGGCAUUUCAACCUUUCGCAUCCUGUACCUGCGCCGUAACACACUUUCUGCAUCCACGAUGAACACCUGAAGCACGUUGCGCACUCUUGUUACGAAACCCCCCGCCAUUUCUCCGCAGCACUGCAACCAUGCCGUCAAAUCCAACAGAGGUACCGAAACGGCGAGCUGCUCGUACGCAACCGGCCGCCAAGCGGGAAACAGGCGUCUCGCGGAGUCUGCACCUCGCGUUCCUCGCAGCCACGUCGCUCGCGGUGCUCGUCUUCCGCUGGCCGCGCCGCUGGCUCGUCUCGGGCGCGCCGCAGCUCAUCUACGCCCUCUUACUGGGCGAGUCGCGCGGCAACCGGGUGCUGCCCUUCGUCCCGCUAUGGACCAUCUUCGCGAGCGUCAACUCGGUGUACGCCGUGUGCUCGACGUCGUGGCUGCUGUUCUGGGUGUUCUGGGCGGCGUGCUGGCCGACGUUUGUCGUGGCGUGCUUGUUCCAGUUCGAUGCGCCGGCGGAGCUGGCGAGGCGGCUGUCGCGCAGAACGUUUCUGCGCGACUUGCAUUUUAUUAAUGACCAGGUGGCGUUUUUUGACCUGCCGGCGCUGGAGAUUGAUACCGAGGUCAAGGGGUUGUUUGUGAUUCGGGGCGUGACAUUGUCGCUCUCGACUAUGACGCUGGUUGCGCAUGGGAUUGAGGCGGGUAUCAAGCUCUCCGAUGAGGUUGAGCUUGGUAUUCAGGUCGACAAGGUGACGGUUCCUCUCUUCAGGGAGAUUCGCGUGGAUGAUGUGUAUGCCAAUAUCAAGGGGGGCGAGUGGGAGGUUACGUUUGGAGAUGUCCCCUACGGCAAGCCCGAUCCCGCCGAGGAGGACAGCGACGACUCGAUGAUCGUGGCGGAUACCGCCAUCUUGAAAGCGGCAGCCAAAGCCCGUCCAGCGGAAGUCAUCCGGAGCCUGACAGCAGAUGUGGUGCCCACGGACUCGGAAGACACCAAGUCGGCCUUUUCUUCGGUGAAGCAGCUGUCCCCAGACGACGAGAAAGCCAACCAGAAAUACCGGCAGUACAUCAAGAACAUCCACGAUGAGAGCGCCAUCCAGAUUGCCAAGAAGCAGCUGGUCGAGAUGUCACUGAAGGACGAGAACUGCCUGGACCCCGACAAGGCGGACGAUCUUCGAGCAGCCAUUUGCGCGCAAAUCCACAGCGGCCCUUCGAUCCCCCAUCCUCCGUCAAGAUCUAUCAGGGUCUCGACACUCCGGAAGACGUCAUAUCCCAACGUCAAGAGAUGGCUACACCGCUUCCCAUUCCUAUACCGACUCAUGCUGUUCCCCAUCUGCUACUUCCACACGGUCAAGUUCAAGUCGGUCUCGGCAGCAGGUUCGGGCAAGUGGUUCGUAGCGCUGAUGCGGAAGUAUUUGUUCAAGCACUACUCGUCGCAGGACAGCGAGAUCCGCAGGCUGGAAGCCCGCAUCUCGGCCUUCUUCUCAGAAGCCAACUUUUGCGUCGAGCUGACGAAGAUCAUGACCAGCGCCUCGUUCCCGCUCAACACAAACUACGACAUCAAAUGCAACUUCGACAUGUCCUCUGUCAUGGCAUACCGCUCGCUCCCCGAUGCGGUGGAGCUCAAGCGGGUGGUUGAGCUGGGGGGCCUGGACGCGAUCCUCAACGUCCCGAUCUUCCUGUUCCCGCACCACGAGCACAUCUUCCCCGUGAAGCCGACGGACCUCGAGAAGAUGGAGCUGGAGACGGAGAUCUCCGAGGCGGAGAACACGUCCAAGAUGAUGCAGAAGCAGAAGACGCUCAAGCGGCUGACCAAGGACGAGGCCAACAUGCACGUCAGCGCGCACGCCCACCUCCCGAUGGUGGUCAGCCAGGAGAUGCUCAACUUCAUUGCGGCGAUUGUCAAGGCGACCAAGGUUAUCGAGAGCGACAAGGACUUUGAAGAGGCCAAGGUGCUGCGCGAGCUCAAGCGCGUCAGCAGUAACACUUCGGACGCGGAGUCGGUGUCCAGCCUGAACAGCGUGGCGUCGGAUGCCACGGUCAGCGAGGACAAGAGCUUCAAGUCGUUCCUGCGCAAGGUGGACUCGGGGUUCAAGGACGCGUCGCAGAAGACGGCGGCGGGGAUGCGCAAGGCCGGGGUCAACACCAUGUCGGCCAUGGCAAACGACCGCUGGAUUGCGCGGCUGGUGGGCAAGGUCACGCGCAAGCUGGAGAAGGCGCAGGGCGAGGUGGGAUACUCGGGCGAUGUGCCGAUUGCGCUGGCGCCGUACCGCGAGAGGCACGAGGAGGAUGUCAAGAUUCUGCCGUGAGGAGUGAGCAUGAUACCCUGGGUUGUUUGCAGCAUAGCGGCAUACCGAUAUGAUGAAUAUGAUACAGUCAUAGUGAGACGUGUUGU